ACUUUACUCUCUUUUGUUGUGCUGUUUAUUUCAGAAAAAAGGGAGGAGAAACGAAGCUUGUUGAAUAUAUAUUGUUUUUUUUUCUAUUUGAGAGCCAGGUUUGGGGGGUAUGUGGGGGUCUCAUGCGGAUCGUUGACCAUUUAUGAGCUGAAAGUAGCGCCGGUCUUCCUCACAUCUGCCGUCUGCAGAGAGUAAAGAGGGAAAAAAAGGAGGAAAAGCAGAUUUGCAUAGAGCAGGGAGAGGAACACCACGAUGUCACUGGCGUUAGAGGAAGCCUGUUAGUUUGAACAAGAGGGGAAACCGCUUCUCCUUGUGUGUUUGAAAAGGUGGGCUUUUUUCAGUUUAUUUCUGCCUCGCAGAUUCGACUGUCAAGAAGUUCCAGCAGGAGAAUAAGCAGGAGAGUCGUUGCAGAUCCUGCACAGAUGGACUUGAGAUAACAGCUGAAUUUUAGCCUCCUCCUGAACUUCAGCUGGCCUCGAGGCCUCCAACGUUCAACCGAAAUGAGUGAUCCCACCACAAUGAGUCCUGGAGGCGGGGGGGCAGGCGUAGCCAAUGUCGACAUCUGUAGUUUGGAAAUCGAGAGACAGUAUGAUAUAAUCCCUACAGUCAUCUGCUCGAUGUGCUGCCUUUUUGGUAUCAUCUACUGUUUCUUUGGUUACCGCUGUUUCAAAGCUGUCAUGUUCCUGUCUGGUCUCAUGUUUGGCUCGGUUAUCAUCUUCCUGCUGUGCCACAAGGAGCACAUCCUGGACACCCAGCUGAGCGUGGAGGCUAGCGCAGGCAUCGGCCUGGGCAUCGGCCUCCUGUGCGGCCUGGUCACCAUGCUGGUGCGAAGCGUCGGCCUCUUCAUGACGGGCCUGCUGUUGGGACUCCUGCUGGCUCUUGCUGGCCUGCUGGUCGCUCACCAGUUCUACACUCUUAACACGGUGUGGGUGCCUCUGGGCGCCCUCCUGGGGACAGGCAUGGUGUUUGCCGUCCUGACCCUGCAGUGGCAGAAGAUCUUCACAAUACUGUCCACGGCUGUGUUUGGCGCUGCUAUCAUGACCGUGUGUGCUGAUUACUUUGUGGAGAUGCUGGUUCUAGCUAAUCACGUCUAUGACUGCUUACGCCUCAUACCAGGGCCAGCCCUCUGCUGGUACAGCUGGGUCAUCCUGGGCAUCUGGCCUGCACUCAGCAUCAUAGGAGUACUGAUCCAGUGGAAACUGACAGAUGACAGCUUUUCACACACAGAGGUUGUCAUCAGCCGGAGACAGAAGCGGGUGCAGCUGAUGCGGAUUCGAGAGAAGGACGCCAAGAAGCGACAGCAGGCAGGUGGGCAGGAAGGCACAUACCGUCGUAAACCCACCCCAGUGAAACGUUACGCUGGGGAUCUACUGGCACCGAGCUACCUACAAAGUCUGCGGGACCGGCAGAUGGGAACAGGUACUUCCCUUAGCAGCCUUGGCACCACAAACCAGACCAUGAUGGACAUGGACUGCGAGACCGGCUCCAUGGUUCCCCUCACAGCCACAACUCCGGUCGUCAGGGUCUGAGCGAGUCAGAGACGAGGCAGGACUUCCUGCUUCCCGAGGGAAGGUAUCAUUAGCAGGAAGUUUCCCUUGGUUAACGUAGAGCAGAACGUGUCAACCUAGAGUUUCAUAGCUGUGAAGUAGAUCCGGUAGUGAGGAUGUAUGUGUGUGUGUAUGUCUUAAAAGAAAAUGCCACUGAUUGCUUGAACAAGCGUCAAACUUUGAUUUGAUGUUCUUAAAACCACUAUCACCACUGUGUGUUUGUCAGAGCUGCAAUAGAAAACAGACACUAACAGAAAAAAAGUUUUUCAUUUCUAUUUGUGUGUAUUUAAUGUAAAGCAGGAAGCCUCAGAAACAAAUGUGUCUGCAUUUAGUUCCUGUUCUUCAGAAGUUAGUCAUUACCGUGAAGAGCUUAGUAUUACGUGCCUUACAUUCUAGUUGAUGAAGAAACAAGUUGGAUUUUGUGUUUCUUUUUAUUUUGUAGAAAUGCAAUCCGGCUUUUUUUCCGUCAUUAUCACUUUGAGGUUCGAUUGGGGUGAGUUUUAUCUAUAAAGGAAAAUGAAACUGUGCUGCAGGUUCCCUAACAGGGGUUCUAGUUUUGAAUUAAAUGGAAAAUGAAGAAGAUACCAGAAUAUCCUUAUUUCUACAUCUCACCUCUGCAGCACAGUAUCCGUCCUGUGGAUCACAGAUUAGAGCUGAUUAAGGGAAAUAAUAGAAAUACAGGCAGUUGACUGGAGCUUCACUAAUUCAGUGCUAAAAAUGUAUUAGCGUGAUCAUCUGCAUUAAAUCGCUGCAUAAACAUCUUGUUUCCACGAAGCUGGAAAGGGUCAGGGUUCUUAGUUUUAAUGCAUGUGAUAAAUCUGAGUGAAAAAAAAUCUUGUCUGUAAUUUAAUCUGCUGAUUGGAGAUUAGAGAGGGAAAAUAAGCUGAUUUCUGAUCUCUUGUCAAUGGAUUGGUUCAUCUGUUUUUAUACGGAUCGUGGAUGAAAGCAAGAUAUGAUGUGAAUUCUUGGCAACUGAAAAUGUGGAGCAGUACACGAAAGAUUUUCUUGACAGUUUUUCGUUGGACCUUUAAGGACCUGCUGCAGCACAUUUGGAUUUUUACACCAUAAAACUGGUCUGAAGAACUUAUGCUGAUGUUUUGUUAAACAUAAUUUAUGUGAUGGCCUUCUAUCAGUGUUUU